CGGUUGAGCCCGAAGAGAGUAAAGAGUGGCCAAGUCGUGGAGAGGUUGUCACUCAGUAGGUGCUCAAGGAGCGGCCGGUGGCAGCACGGGGGACCCAACGCACGUUCCCUCCCCACCUCCCGAGUGGUAACGCUCCGGUGGCCCACAUGGUUUUGAAGGGUGUUUCUGCUUCCAACGACACCCAUCCCCACAACAAAGAAACUCGCCAUCCCAAGCCGCCUCCCCUCGGUGCACCCCGGAGGCACAGCGGGACCGAAUCGCCGUGCGCCCGCAGCUGCCCUCCCCCGAAAUCGCAGAUGGGGAGCUGUCCCUGAAUUCCGUCGAAGCCUUCACGGCCACUAGCGCGGGGCAAAGGAACGCGCACGCUCGGUGUCGGCGUGGUGUCCCUCCGCCGUCAUCCGUGGACUCAUUUUCGUGUCCUUCCACCGAGCCCGGGCGGUGUCCGGGUGGCUCACCGGGGGCGGCGACGCGUCUGCGGCGCGGCAGCGAGGCACGGGGGCUAUGAGGUGAGGACGCCCGGGGACCGGAGGCGGCACCCGGCGCUGCGCGAGAACGCAGGACGCGAAGCCCCGAAGCCGGCGGAUGCCCCCCAGAUCCCGCGACUGCGCGCGAGGUGGAGGAGAGAACAUUGAAAUUAUUCUCUAAGCUAUCUGAAGAGAGUGACUAAAUGCUCCUGGGUCAGGCUGUCUGUGGGUAUGAAGUGGUUGGGAGACUCCAAGAACAUGGUGGUGAAUGGCAGGAGAAAUGGAAGCAAGUUGUCUAAUGACCAUCAGCAGAAUCAAUCCAAAUUACAGCACGCGGGCAAGGACGCCCUGAAGACUGGCAGAAACGCUGUUGAGAGGCGGCCCAACAGAUGUCAUGGUAACUCGGGAUUUGAAGGGCAGAGUCGCUAUGUGCCAUCCUCUGGAAUGUCCGCCAAGGAGCUCUGUGAGAACGAUGACUUAGCAACCAGUUUGGUUCUUGAUCCCUAUUUAGGUUUUCAAACACACAAAAUGAACACUAGCGCCUUUCCUUCGAGGAGCUCGAGACAUAUUUCCAAAGCUGACAGUUUUUCUCACAACAACCCUAUGAGAUUUCGACCUAUAAAAGGAAGGCAGGAAGAGCUAAAGGAAGUAAUUGAACGCUUUAAGAAAGAUGAACACUUAGAGAAAGCUUUUAAAUGUUUGACUUCAGGUGAAUGGGCACGACAUUAUUUUCUCAACAAAAACAAAAUGCAGGAGAAAUUAUUCAAAGAACAUGUCUUUAUUUACUUGCGGAUGUUUGCAACUGACAGUGGAUUUGAAAUAUUGCCUUGUAAUAGAUACUCUUCAGAACAAAAUGGAGCCAAGAUAGUUGCAACAAAAGAGUGGAAACGAAAUGACAAAAUAGAAUUACUGGUGGGUUGUAUUGCCGAACUUUCAGAAAUUGAGGAGAACAUGCUACUUAGACACGGAGAAAACGACUUCAGUGUCAUGUAUUCCACAAGGAAAAAUUGUGCUCAACUCUGGCUCGGUCCUGCUGCAUUUAUAAAUCAUGAUUGCAGACCUAACUGUAAGUUUGUGUCAACUGGCCGAGAUACAGCAUGUGUUAAGGCUCUGAGAGAUAUUGAACCUGGAGAAGAAAUUUCUUGUUAUUAUGGAGAUGGGUUUUUUGGAGAAAAUAAUGAGUUCUGCGAAUGUUACACUUGCGAAAGACGGGGAACUGGUGCUUUUAAAUCACGAGUAGGACUGCCUGCGCCUGCUCCUGUUAUCAAUAGCAAAUACGGACUUAGAGAAACAGAUAAACGCUUAAAUAGGCUUAAAAAGUUAGGUGACAGCAGCAAAAGCUCAGACAGUCAGUCUGUCAGCUCUAAUACAGACGCAGACACCACUCAGGAAAAAGACAAUGCAACUUCUAACCGAAAGUCUUCAGUUGGUGUGAAAAAGAACAGCAAGAGCAGAGCACUGACGAGGCAGUCCAUGCCAAGAGUCCCAGCGGCUUCCAACUCUACCUCACCUAAGCUAGUGCACAUGAACAAUUCCAGGGUACCAAAGAAACUGAGAAAGCCGGCGAAGCCUUUACUUUCCAAGAUCAAACUGAGGAAUCACUGCAAGCGGCUGGACCAGAAGAGCACAUCCCGGAAGCUCGAGAUGGGGAACUUAGUGCUUAAGGAGCCCAAAGUUGUGCUAUAUAAAAAUUUGCCAAUUAAGAAAGAGAGGGAGGCAGAGGGACCAGUCCAUGCUGCAGUGGGGAGUGGGUGCUUGACUAGACAUGCUGCGAGAGAACACAGGCAGAACCCUGGGAGAGGUGCUCACUCGCAGGGCGACAGUUUGCCCUGCACCUACACAACCCGGCGCUCUUUGAGGACAAGGACAGGUCUGAAGGAGACCACUGACAUCAAGCUUGCACCAAGUCCCUUGGAUGGCUAUAAAAAUGGUAUACUGGAACCUUACCCAGACAGUGGCCAGCAGCCAACCCCAGAGGUGCUGGAAGAACUGGCUCCUGAGACUGCUCUCAGGGAGGAAGCAUCCCAGGAGUGUCCCAAGAGUGACUCCUGCCCUUCACGAAAGAAAUUUCGACAAGGGAAACCCGUGAAACACUUAGCAAAGACAGAGGAUUGCAGUCCAGAGCACAGCUUCCCUGGGAAAGACGGGCUGCCAGAUUUGCCAGGGCCCCAUCCCGACCAGGGUGAGCCCAGUGGCACGGUCAGGGUGCCUGUGAGCUACACAGACUCUGCUCCCUCACCUGUUGGCUGCUCCAUUGUCACACCCGACAGCUUCACAACAAAAGACAGCUUCAGAACUGCACAAAGUAAAAAGAAGCGGCGGGUCACCAGGUACGAUGCACAGCUGAUCCUAGAGAACAGCUCUGGAAUCCCCAAGUUGACGCUUCGCAGGCGGCAUGACAGCAGCAGCAAGACAAAUGACCAUGAGAGUGAUAGUGUAAACUCCUCAAAAAUCAGCAUCAAGCUCAGCAAAGACCAUGAAAGUGACAGUAACCUCUAUGUUGCAAAGCUUAGCAAUGGGGUUAGCUCGGGGCCAGGCAGCAGCUCUACUAAGCUCAAGAUUCAACUCAAGCGGGAUGAGGAGAGCAGGGGGCCAUGUGCAGAAGGGCUUCAUGAGAACGGUGUGUGCUGCAGUGACCCCCUGUCCCUGCUAGAGUCCCAGAUGGAGGUGGAUGACUAUAGUCAGUAUGAGGAGGACAGCACAGAUGACUCGUCAUCUUCUGAGGGGGAGGAGGAAGAGGAGGACUGUGAGGAUGACUUCGAUGAUGACUUCAUCCCUCUUCCUCCCGCAAAGCGGCUGAGGCUAAUUGUUGGUAAAGACUCCAUAGAUAUCGACAUUUCUUCAAGGAGAAGAGAAGAUCAGUCUCUAAGACUGAACGCAUGAGCGCUCACUCAUUGUCCUGGGGAACUAAAAAGUAAAAAUCCCAGCCACAGCUUCUCAGCGCAGCACUUCUGUGGUCUCAUCACCUGUAGGCAUAAUACUGUAGAAAGUGUACAGCAUCCUGACUCUUAAGUCUGAUUUGUGCAAAUUUUUAUUGUACUUUUUAAAUAGCCUUCUUAUGUGCAAUUCCGAGGGAAAGCCCUGUUGUAAGAUAGAGGCUCCAGUAAACUAUCCAGUGACAGCAGCUCUCCACAUAGGACCUUCAGACACUAAUGUGGUUACACCAUGUUGUCACCUAUGAGAGCAAGCGCCAGCCAGCCUUCUUCCGUAGAUGACUAAGCCGUAGUUAGGGCGGAGCAGAGCAGCCUUGUGGGAAGGGUUUCCAGCAUCUGCUCCUAUCACCAGCAUUGACCUCUGGCUUUUGGUUUAUUUGCUAGAUGUUUCCCCCUUGGAGUUGUGUCGGUUUCACACUGUUUACCGGCCCAGGUGUCCUGUCCGUGGCCUUCGUUAUCAUAGCAGACCAUUGGCUGGAAGUCAGAUUGAUUUCUUUGAAGAAAAAAUUAACUUAAAUGCAGUCUUCUGCGUGACAGCUCCUUCUCAGUACAUUAUAUGUACGGGCUGGUGGUGUGCAGGAUGAGUUUUCAGAGCAACUUAUUUAUUGCUUGUCUUGUAAAUUAAAGACCGUGUAUUUAACACUUUCCAAUCCUUUUAGAUAAAAUUGUUCUUUGCAAGAAUGAUUGGUGCUUAUUUUUUCAAACCUUUGCUGUGAACAGCGUGGCGACAGCGAGCAGCGUUUGUCUGAUGAACUCCAGCUAUCUUAAUUUGGGUCUUCAAGUUUCUGUUGCACUUGUAAAAUGCUACAAGGAAUAUUAAAAGAAAUUAUUCACUUUAACUUAUAAUAGUUUAUGAAAUAAGAACCUGAGUCACAGCUUUUGUUCUGUGGUAACCUAUACAAACAUUUGUCUUUGGGAUUCAAUGUAAAGAGCUGAAAACGAUGUAUAUGUUGUAAAUAUUUGUGUGUUGUGAGAAAUUUUUGUCAUAAGAAAUUAAAAGAACUUACCAGGAAGGUUUUUAAGUUUAGAAAUAUUCAUGCCAAUAAAAUAGGAAAUUAUAAAUAUAUAGUGUAAGCACUGCAUCAGUGGGCGUUCUUGGCUUAUGUUAGUUUAUUAUGAAAGUAUCAGAUUUUUUUGAUUAUAUUAUCAGUCAAACAAAAAGAGGAGUCAGAUUUAAUUUGUUUUUGAAGCACUUUGAGAAGAGAAAUUAACUUUAACUUAAUGAGCAAUUUUUGAUUACUGCUUUAUGUUCGAUACAGGCUUGUUUGUUUCUCUGGAUUAUUUUACAAAUCAAAGAAUUUGAGAAUAUCAGUCAGUCUGUAGCAGGUGUUUGACACCAGUGGGUCUGUUUAUUUCCUGGGAAAUAUGUAGGUACCCUUUCAGAUAGAUACAUAGUGUUCCUAAACGACACAAGCUAGUGGACUCUGUUCCGGCGUGUCAGAAGGGACCUGCAGGGAGGGAAAGGUCCAACAAAGAGCUUCUCAGUGCUUCCCUGUUGCUGACGACACUAUGGUAUUCAGCUUGGGGACACUUGGAUCCUUAAAACCGUUGCUUAGAGGUUCCAGUUACAAAUUAGUAAGAUUCAUGAGUGUUUCUAGGAUACGAUGUCUUUGCUCCUGUGCAUGAUAGAAUCCCUGCUGUGGUCCUGUACAGUCUUGUCCUUGCCAUGCGGUCUCACCCUCUUGGGUGUCUAUCUCACUGGUAAGCAGAAGGGAAGACAGCAUGCUCGCGCGCACACACACACACACACACACACACACACACACACACACACACACCCAUUUGCUAUAGCCGUGAAGAAAGGCAGCCCUGUGUCUCAAGAUCUCCUGUGUCAAGGCAUCCAGAACACCUUCCAUGAUGCUUCCAGUCCCCAUGGGAUCCCCAAGUGUAAGUGUGAGCCACGUGCCACCUCCAGGAAGCUGAAGGUGAGCUUAGGAGCCUGCACAGGGCAGCUGGUCACCUGCAUUCCCAUGUUCUCUUGGGCUGUUGAGACUAAAUCCUCCCGUUUCUUUGAAUACCAACAAUAGCCAUUUCAGGAAUUUCAAUCUUAAGGAAAAAGUAACAAAAUAACAUAUUUCCCAUUUUCUCCAUUUUUAAGCUUAAUUUUAGUAACUUAUUUAUGAUGUUUAUUUUAGUUUUGUUGUGGCCUCGUCUGGAGGCCGACCUUCCCAUGGGUCUAAGAGCAGUGACAUUGUGAGGAGUUGCUGCCUCUCAGGAGUUGUAUGCACAAGCAUUCAGCAGUGCUGCUGAUGCCGUCUAGGGAACCUUAUUUCCGUUUCUCAAGGCAGGGGCCUCAGACUGUUCUCGAUCUGCUGUAGAACUUCACUGUGGGGGUGCCAGAACCCCACACUCUUGACCAGUCUGGAAGAGGUUACACUCAAUAAAACUCUCAGCUCGAGCUUAUGCAAUGAUUGGUAAAGUUUUUGGCAAUUGUAAGAAUUAGGAAAUGAUCCUAGAAAUAUAUGUAAAGUAUUCAAUUUUCAAUCAUUUUUCAAAUUACUGUUUUAAAUUGUUUUGCUGAGUUGUAAUACUUUUGAGAUACAAUGUAUUCCUUGUACUGAAAGAAUGAAAAAGGACUUUUUCAGCAUUUGAGGUAAGUUCUUUAACGUUUCAUUAAAAAACAUUUUUUACAAAUAUUUUGUACAUGCACUUGCAGUAUUGAGGUUAAUCAUUUUAAUAAAUUCGGAAAUUAAAAUGA